AUCAUCGACCCACACAGGAGGUUGCUUGGGGUCCUCGGAGGUCAUCCUGAUGACCCGAACUGGCACCGUGACGUGCUCGAGCCCGCAACUGCUCUCCUCGAGCAGACGCGCCUCGAUGGUGACGCCAUGGAUGCAUGGACCGAGAAACAGCACGAUGCUCGACGUGGUGACUUUGUUUCACUGACGGCCGGUGUAUCUUAUGGCGGGGGUCAGCAGGAGCCAGGAAACCUCAAGCCGGAGAAGGUCUGUCAGGUCCCUCUGGUGGGCCGCCUCCUGAGAAGCAAGCCUAUCAGGCGAAUGGCUGGCUUCGCAAAUUCCGCCUUUAUGACCUAUGCCCCAAAGCUAUACAAACAAUACGCAGAGGAGACGGAGGCCCUCUAUUCGCAUGAUCCCAGCUGUCGACGCCCUUUCAAAAACGCUGUGUGGCCCGCUUGUACAUUUAAUCUAGGUCCCCAAUGUUGUUGUCGAGGUCAUUGUGACUCCGCCAACGUCCCUCACGGCUGGUGCGCGGUUUGGGCCCUCGGAGACUACGAUCCGAAGGUCGGCGGCCACCUUAUACUUCUUGAAUUCGGUCUCAUCAUCCAAUUCCCUCCCGGCUCCGUCAUUCUGCUUCCCUCGAGUACCAUACGCCAUGGAAACACACCGGUCGGCCCCACGGAGCAUCGCUACUCGUUCACGAUGUAUUGCGCUGGGGGUAUCUUCCGUUGGGUGCACCACGGCUUCGUUCCGGAGUGGGUGCUGACCGACGAUCAGCAUAGGGAGGCAUAUGGACGGCAUGGGCAGCGGUGGAUGGAGGCACUUGGUAAAUAUUCUGUCUUGGAGGAUCUCGCGGACGAUUAUCGAGCAUGUUUUGGGGGUAGCGAGGAUUCGGACGACGAAGAACGGGGGUCGGACUUUGAUAGCAUUUCGUAG